UUCAUUUCCUUAUUAAUUUAUAAUAGAAUUUUACUCGUUUUUAUUUCCAUUUUUCACUCCGUAUUGGGUUGUAACGUCUGAAAAUGGACCCGGCCCGAUUGUAAAUACCCUGUCCCUUCGCUAUCGAUCCGCACCGACAUAGCGCUAAAAACGUGGUCCUUCCAGUUUCGCUCCGUGACGAAAAAACACUAUUAAAAUAAAAUGGCAGACAUCGAGGACACUCAUUUUGAUACUGGUGAUUCAGGAGCAUCAGUGACAUACCCGAUGCAGUGUUCUGCUCUGCGUAAAAACGGGUUUGUUAUGCUCAAGGCUCGUCCUUGUAAAAUUGUUGAGAUGUCAACUUCAAAAACUGGUAAACAUGGACAUGCUAAGGUACAUCUUGUAGGGUUAGACAUAUUCAGCGGAAAAAAAUAUGAAGAUAUCUGCCCUUCGACUCAUAAUAUGGAUGUUCCCUUUGUCAAAAGAGAAGACUAUCAGUUGACAGACAUAUCUGAUGAUGGAUAUUUAUGCCUUAUGUCUGAUAACGGUGAUCUUCGUGAGGAUCUCAAAGUCCCUGAUGGGGAAUUAGGAUCUCAACUAAAAUCUGAAUUUGACGCUGGAAAAGAACUUUUGUGUACUGUCCUCAAGUCAUGUGGAGAAGAAUGUGUGAUUGCGAUUAAAACCAACACCGCUCUCGACAAAUAAUAAUUCAUCUGUUUCCAAGGAGUUGCUGUUUUUUAUUUUGCAUUUCGAACGGAUGCAAAAAUGUUGCACGGACGUUCUUCGGCGGGAGGGGAAAAAUAUAUGGCGUUAUUAAACUUGAAGGUUUUGACUAAAUUAUGCAUUUUUAUAUAGCAUAUCCAUUAUAAAUCACAUUUAUUAUAUAAACUUCUUCUUUUUUUUUUCUUUUUUUUUUUUUCUUCUUUCUCCUAAGAGUAAAUAUUUAUUGUCAGUUACUAAAUAAAAAAGGAAAAGUAUUUUUAUUGAUAAUUUUCUUCUCUUUUGCCAGAGAUAGUCCGUUCGGCCAAGAGGGGGAAUAAAUGAUAUAAUUAAUGAAACCUGAUUAUUUUUUAGUUUCCCAAAGCACCUUUUCAUAAUAGUAUAAUUUUUAUGUUACAAUAAUAUGGAACACUGUUUCCUGAUAACGAUUAUUUUAUAUCUUUUUGUUAUUUUUCAACUCAGGCAGCUGUUACGUUUACUUUGCUGUACAUUUUACUUUUGGUGGCAGUAAAGUUGUCCAGAAUUUGAUUUAUAAAAGUCACUGCCAGGAACAAUUGAAUUACAUAUUUAUUUUAAUUUUUAACGAAUUAAUGUCUACGAAUUACAUACAAAACAAAGCAACAGAUUUUGCUAUCUCACACACUUUAUUUUAUUUAUUUAUUUUUAUUUUUUUUAAAAUAAACCUUGAGUUAAUACACUACAUUUUAAUUAUUCCUUGAAAUUCCAGUGAAUGUACAACAAAGUUGACCGUUACCAAAAUAUAUAAGUAGCUUAGUGCAUUGAACAUUAUGUUGCAGCAAGUAUAUUGUGAAUUCUUACAGUGGAACUCCAAAUUUUACACAGUUGUUUUUUGUUCACAUAGAAAGUUUUAUUUAACACUUUUAACAAAAACGUGUGGAUGUUAAAUACGGAUUAAUUUGGUUAAUUAAAGUUAAAAUGUUUUAUACUCAACAUUAAUCACCGAAUAAGUAUAAAAGCUAAUACAGCAUGAAAUGUCAAGAUCCUUCAACUAUACAGCAAUUGUUUUUAUUUUUUUCAAAUUUAUUUUUGCAAUCUAUUAUGACAAUUUCUGGUAAGUAGUAAAGAAAACAUUUAUUUGUAUGGUGGCCUAUUUUAAAUUAAACUAGUGUUUUUUUUAAACCAUUGUGCAACUUAAUAGCUUUGGGCUAUUUUUAUGAAUUGUAAACCCUUUUUGUUAGAUUUGUAUUUUUUUAUUCUCAUUUUGCCCAUUGGGCUGAACUGAACAGUUAACUUCAAACAACAGUUUACUCUUAAAAAGGUUAUACCGAAACAAUUAUUUAAAGAAAAAAAACAUUUUUUCCAUUUAUUUUUAAGUAUGCAAAUAGCUUAAAAUUUGUAUGUUUGUGAUUGUUAUAUUUUACCAAUUAUAAUGUUUCAUUUUUUUAAGUCAGUAAAAUAUUUUUAACAGUU